AUGGCACCACCUCCAGGCCCUUACUCUGGCACCAGCACCCUCGCCUUGGUUGCUCGUGCAUCGGCCUUCACUUUCGGUCUGGUUUAUGGAAGCGUGAAGCUCAGGGUUCUCAAGAUGAAGGCCAAGUCACAUAAGAAAGCUGAAGCCAAGGCUAAACAUUGA